GCUCGCUCGCGUCCUGCCGCGCUCAGGGGGGGAAGGUGCCCGCUCCGCCAUGGCCGAGACGAUCGCGGACACCCGGCGGCUGAUCAGCAAACCGCAAAACCUGAACGACGCCUACGGGCCGCCCAGCAACUUCCUGGAGAUCGACGUGGGCAACCCGCAGACGGUGGGGGUGGGCCGCGGCCGCUUCACCACCUACGAGAUCCGCGUCAAGACAAAUCUACCUAUCUUCAAAUUGAAAGAAUCUACAGUCAGAAGAAGAUACAGUGACUUUGAAUGGCUAAGGAAUGAACUAGAAAGAGAAAGCAAGGUUGUGGUACCACCUCUACCAGGAAAAGCUCUUCUCCGUCAGCUCCCCUUCCGAGGAGAUGAUGGCAUAUUUGAUGAUUCCUUUAUAGAGGAAAGGAAGCAGGCUCUUGAACAAUUCAUAAACAAGGUUGCAGGCCACCCACUGGCACAGAACGAGCGCUGUCUUCACAUGUUCUUACAAGAUGAAGUAAUAGACAAAAACUACACACCAUCCAAAAUAAGACAUACUUGAGUUCUGAAACCAUCUUCUCAAAAGUAGUGGUUCUUAUGCUUGGUUUUAAGAGGUUGUAGUUUGUCUUAGCAUGCUGAGGAUAAACAGGCACAAAGUCUCCACUAACAUCAGUACACUGCUUGGUCUUUGCAUAUGCUUUAUAGCAUUAAAGAACUCACUUGUCUUCUAGCUAAAUCCCUCCAAAUCCUUGAUUUAAGAGUAUUAUACUAUGAGACCAUCCACCCCUUGCAAUGUCUCACAAACCUUUCCACUCUUAUUUGCAAUGACUUAACAAUGUUUACUGACUUGGCCUUACUUGAACUUGCACAGUUGUAGUGUCACGUGUUCACUUGUAUUUGACUAAACUGCUAUGCUAUUUCUGAGGUAGUCAUCUGUCUGAACUUCUGUAGAAAGACUGCUUUAUUUCUGAUACCCUGUGUGAGAAACACUUAUGCAAUGUCUUCAAGCUUGUAAAACACUUUAUACUGAAGUAAUGAGGGAAUUAUCUUUAUAUUCUGUAAGAAGAAAAAAAAUCAAAUUUAUAUACUAAAGUAACUUGUCUAAAGUUUUGAAAUAAAAGUGAAAAUGCACUUCAAAUGUUUUGUCACUCUUGA